AUGAAUAGAUUUUGGAAUACUAGGAAGUUUUCAUUAUCAAAUGCUGAUGGGUUGUGUGCCACCUUAAAUGAAAUAUCUCAAAAUGAUGAAAUUCUUGUGGUUCAACCGAGCUUCGUGCCCGUGCUCAAUAGUUUACUGACUUUUCAAGAAUUGACUCAAUCAACACCUGUAAGAAAAAUUGCGUUACUUGAUGAUAUGCUGAGUGAUGAUUUGUCUGGUACAUUGAGCAAUGUUCCGCAAAUGGACCUUAUCUUUCUUAUUGAUGUCAGAACAUCUCUCCGACUUCCUUCACAACUAGUUGAUGCUGCUCACAAGUGCGAUUUAUCACCACUGCAUAUAAUAUACUGUCAAUGGAAAAAUUCUUUCCAAAAUACCUCGAAGAAUUCAGUACAUCAGCAGAGGGAUGGGUACGCAUUAAAUGUUAAGAGGUCACAUUUCCCUAAUGUCAUUGAAUCUCAAUUGACGGAGUUAAAGAGCGAAUACAUUCUUUACCCUUGGGAUUUGUUACCAUUUCCACAGAUUGAUGACAAUGUUUUGUUAACCCAUUCUCUUUAUAACAUGGAAAAUGUAAAUAUGUACUACCCUGAAUUACGGUCCUUACAAAGCGCUACAGAGUCAAUACUGAUUGAUAACAUAGUUAAUUCACUGCGAAGUUUAAUUUUUGAAACUAAUAGUAUCAUAACAAACGUUGUUUCUAUAGGUAAUUUGUCUAAGAAAUGUAGCCAUCUUUUGAAGGAACGGAUCGAUGAACAGCAAACAGAAGAAGAUUUGUUUAUCAAAGGUACGCUAUAUGGUGAACGGACUAAUUGUGGACUAGAAAUGGACUUGAUUAUCUUAGAAAGGAAUUUAGAUCCUAUAACACCAUUGUUAACACAACUUACAUAUGCAGGAAUACUGGAUGAUCUAUAUGAAUUCAACUCAGGGAUAAAGAUAAUGGAGAAGGAUAUGAAUUUUAAUUAUAAGGAAGAUGAAAUAUGGAAUGAAUUGAAAUUUUUAAACUUUGGAUCUGUUGGACCACAACUGAAUAAAUUAGCAAAAGAAUUACAAAUCCAAUAUGAUAUGAGGCAUAAAGCCGAGAGUGUACAUGAAAUUAAAGAAUUUGUCGAUUCUUUGGGUUCAUUGCAACAAAGGCAGGUAUAUUUGAAAAAUCAUACAACAUUAUCAUCUGACGUUUUGAAAGUAGUAGAGACUGAGGAGUACGGAUCUUUUAACAAAAUCCUAGAGUUAGAGUUGGAAAUUUUGAUGGGGAAUACGCUCAAUAAUGAUAUUGAAGAUAUUGUACUAGAGUUGCAGUAUGAGUACGAAGUUGAUCAAAAGAAGGUUCUUCGGUUAAUUUGCUUAUUGUCCAUUUGCAAAAAUUCACUUCGAGAAAAAGAUUAUGAAGAUCUGAGAACCCUUAUGAUUGACUCUUGGGGUAUAGAAAGAUGUUUUCAACUUGAGUCCUUGGCUAUGUUAGGAUUUUUCACCAAUAAAACAGGGAAAGCUGAUUUGGAUAUUGCUAAAAGCAAGCCAACAAGAUUACAAAAAGAAUACCGCUAUAUUUCACAAUGGCUAAAUACAGUGCCUAUAGAAGAUGAGCAUGCUACAAAUAAAGCCACGAAUCAAAAAGACGAGUUUGCAGAAGCCACUUUCGCUUAUAGUGGUGUAGUACCAUUGACAAUGAGAUUAGUUCAAAUGUUAUAUGAUAGGUCUACACUGUUCCAUAACUAUUCCUCACAACAACCUUUCAUACUAUCAAGAGAGCCCAAGGUUUCUCAAACCCAUGAUUUGAUAGAACAGUUAUACGGAGACUCCGAUGUAAUUGAAGAGAGCAAAUGGGUCCCAGAAGCCGUUACCAAGAAGAUCAAUGCAAGUAUCAAGAGCAAUAAAAGACACUCUAUAGACGGUUCUAAUGGAACAACUCAAGCAGAAGAAGAUAUUGCACUUGUAGUUUUCCUUGGAGGUGUAACUAUGGGCGAAAUAGCAAUAUUGAAGCAUUUACAGAGAAGAUUAAGUAAAAAAGGUAUCGUUAAAAGAUUUAUCAUUAUUGCAGAUGGCCUGGUCAAUGGCGAUAGAGUUAUGAAGUCUAUAUCUUAA